AUGCUGGACUUUUUGGGCUCAGAGAAGAAUAAUGCACCAUCCUCUAAUGACCAUCUUUUUUCAGUAUUUUCUUUGAAUUCGGUGUUGCUUUGCUCGCUGAGGGCGGGGGCAUCGGUGAUAAUAAUGCCCAAGUUCGAGAUCGGGGUGAUGCUGGAGGGGAUCGAGCGGCACCAGGUGACGGUGGCGGCGGUGGUGCUGGCGCUGGCCAAGAACCCGGUGGUGGAGAAGCACGACUUGAGCUCGAUUCGGAUCGUGCUGUCGGGUGUGGCGCCCCUCGGAAGGGAGCUCGAGGAGGUGCCCCGGAGCAGAGUACCCCAAGCAGUCUUCGGCCAGGUAAAAACAGAGAGAGAGAGAGCAAUUUGCAUCCGCGGGCCUCAGAUAAUGAAAGGAUAUUUAGAUGAUCCAGAUGCCACGUCAGCAACCAUAGACGUGGAGCGUUGGCUACACACAGGGGACAUUGGCUACGUAGAUGAUGACGAAGAGGUUUUCAUAGUGGACCGUGUCAAAGAGCUCAUCAAACCAUAG